GGGAGUGAUAUAAGUUCUCUACCUUGUUUUGGUAAUCAAUCUGAAGAUGGCAAGUGGUGGAAAGAGUAGUUUGGUUCCAAAUUUUUCCACAAUAUUUUCCAAAAGUGACUUACAAACUUUGGUGUCACAGUCAGUUAGAAACAAUGGUUUUGGAUAUUCCAUGUAGGCGAACUACCUCUCUAAAGAAUAGAUUAGCUGUUUGUGUGACAUCAUUAAUUUUGUCACAUGGUAUGAAAUGAGUCAUCUUAAAAACCCUAUCAACAACUAUAAAAUUAGAAUCCUUGUGGUUGAUUUUGGGUAGAUUUCAGCACAAAACUCAUAGAAAUAUCGACCAUGAUGCAUUAAGAAUGUGCAUUAAAAUGUGCAAAGACAUAUAUACAUAUGUGGACAGUGGCGGACAUACGUUUGUAGCAACGGCCAUUGGGUCAUGUGCCCCAGAUUCAUUUUUUGUUUUCUUUAACCAAUUUUAUGAUAAUGUUUUUUAACUAACUCAAAUUCUAUGAUAAUGCCCCCAGCUAAUUCAAUUUCUAUGGUAGUGUCCCCCGGCUAUAAAUUUUUCCAGAUCAGCGACUUCCUAUCAUGCCACAAAACUUUGCAAAAUUUAUGUUAGGUUUUACGUAUUUUAUCCCACAGAACUUUGCAGAAUUUAUGAUAGGUUUUACGUAUUUGUAUAAUUAAUAUUUUAUUAAUAAUUAGUUGAAGGUCAUUUUUGAUUGUUAUGUCACAUAAUUUAUAGGGGAUUUGCACUAGAUAGCAAAAAUAUAGGAGGUAAUUAGGUAGAUGGAUAAGACACUGUACUUUUUUAGGUAAUACCAAGACAGUCCUUGUUUCCAUACGAAAAGCAAAGUACAUUACCUGUUACACGUCAGACGUGAUUACUUAAAACAGACGGUUGCACACAAAAAGUGUCAAUAAUGCAAAGAAUCAAGACUUUCUUUCUCUUUUAUGCAAAAGAACCAAAGGGAUCUGUAAUAAUAUUAUUCCCCGAAUCGGUCUCAAUUCUCAGUUCCUCCAAACAACCUACGGGAGUAGGUGAGUACGAGUACGGCAAGUAGCAUCGGUCUCAUCCUCAAAUCAUGUGGAUUCCGAGUCACCGCCAUUAAAAUUGGUCUCUUUUCUCUCCUUAUUACAACAACCUUUGUCGUUUCUUUCAUGUGUGUAAUAACGAACAUGUGUUCUGUUUCUUAUGUUUUCUUCAAGCAAAGUUUUUUUCUUUUCUUUCACUUUUGCUUUUGAUUUUUUUUCUCCCAAUGAAAAAAAAAGUUUCAGAUUCAAUUCCCGGUUCCUCCAAACAACCUAGGGAGUAGGUGAGUACGAGAAUCGUAAGAUAAGAGAAAACAUAUUGGCAAAUCUCAGCCAUUACUCAUCUCCACCGAGAUCACCUAACGAAGUUCCUGUAAGUCGACAAAAAUAGUAUUCAGACAAUUAUACUCGAAUCCAGUUUCUAUACUUUGUACGCGGUUUUUAUGUAUAUACUCAAAUCCGGUUUCUAUUAGUUGUACCCGGUUUUUAUAUAUAGACAACUACGGUUUCUCCUCUUCAAAAAUAUCUUAUCCACCGAAAAUAUCUUCUCCUCUUCUCUUCACUUCUCCUCUCUAGAAAUAUCUUACAACUCUUCUCUCACCAAUUUGGAAAAAUAUAACCGAUUUUGUACACUUGUUUACUUUUUCAAUAGGUUCAAAAAUAAAACUGAUAAAUAGUCAUAAUUGCCGGUUGCAGGUUACUUGUAUUAUUCAAUCACGUGUGGUCUCGAGGACAAAAUCGAAAAGUGAUGCAUUAAAUGACAAGGUUCUCAAAUUAUUAAAAAGUUUGCAUAGAUCUGCAAUUACCACGCUGAAUUUUGAUAUUGAGCUAAAUAGGCCUAAUUUAUAUAGUGAAUUACUAGUUAGAUGUAUUCCCUCUAUUAUUAUUAUUUUUUUUUUUUGCUGCAAAUGAAAACCAAUGUAUGAUGCUAGUUAAUCAACUACUUUAAAAAAAAGGAGAAGAAAAAGACAAGUCAAAACAAACACACCACUAAGAUGGCCAUAAAAGUGAAACCCAAAACUUGUAAACUUUAGCCUCAAAAACAUUCUCUCUCUAAGUCAUCAUCUCUUUGAACUUAUCAGGGAUUGUAUAAAUUAUAAGUGAAGCACACAACAUGGACCAUCAUCACUAUACUCAUCAUGAUCAUGAUCAAUACCAACAUCAUCAAAUGACUAUUACUAACAAUAAUUCCUACAACACCAUCAUCACCACACCACCACCAAGAACAACAACAACAGUGGAUUCAACAACAAUGAUAAUGGAUGCUGAAAAGAAGAUGAUGACGACGAUGACCAGUAGGCCACAAGAACCAAGAAAUUGUCCAAGAUGCAACUCAAGCAACACCAAGUUCUGUUACUACAACAACUACAGCUUAGCACAGCCUAGGUACUUAUGUAAGUCUUGUCGGAGAUACUGGACUGAAGGUGGCUCUCUCCGUAACGUCCCCGUAGGCGGUGGUUCUAGAAAGAACAAGAAGCUUCCAUUACUACAACCUAAUUCCUCCUCUUCUUCUCCGGCCAAGAAUCUCCCGGAUCUCAACCCUCCUUUUGCCUUCACAUCAUCAUCAUCAACAUCAACAUCAUCAAACCCUAGCAAGAGUACCCAUCAAAAUAAUAAUGACCUCAGCCUCUCCUUUUCCUAUCCUACUAUGCAAGAAAGAGCUCAAGGGCACUAUGGUCACUUCACGGAUCAAGCUAUGUCAGGAGGGCAAAACUGUCUUUUCUCAGCUCCCAUGGGAAUGAUUCAAUUUCGUCAAGAUUAUGGUCAUGACCACAACAAGACCGAUAUUGGGUUUUCAUUAGAUAGUAACAAGGUCGACUCCAAUAAUCAGAAUAACUUCCUUGUUAAUGGAGGAGGAAGUAAGUUGAUGUUUCCAUAUGGAGAUCGUGAUGAACAUCAUCAUGACCAUGAGAGACACGAUGAUGGUAAUAAGAAGAGAGAAAGUGGUUCAAGCAAUGAGCUAUGGAGUGGAAUCAUCCUAGGUGGUGAUAGUGGUGGACCAACAUGGUGAUAUUGAAGAAUAUUGUCAAAAGGAAAAAGACAAUAAAGACAAAAACAAAUAGUUUCGAGCAAAAAUAUGUGAUUAGAUUUUGGAGUUUUCAGACCCGGAAGAGUCGCCUUGGGAGGAGCAUGAUGAUUCUUCUUUCUGCUUUUUAAAAAUUCUUCUGUUCAUUUUCUUUGUCUUAUUGGGUUUUAGUUUGCUUCUCUUGAACCUUGAAAAACAUAUAUAUGUCUAAUCCAUAAUUUUAUAAAUAUGGUCUCUUCUAUCAAA